AUGAGUAAAGACAACUUAACUGAGGAGCUUGAUUAUCUUAGACAACUUUUACACAGAGAACAAGCAUUCUUCGAUAUCGAACUUCAACAAGCAAAAUUAUUCGACAAAGAAUCAUUUGAUUCGAUCAAAAAUGUUAUUUCAUUAUCAAGAAAAGUUUUCUCAUUGCAUCUCGCAGUAUUGGAACAAACAAAGACAGAUAAAAUCAUAGAAAUUCCCGAUCUUCAAGCGCUAUCAAAGACGAUUCCUCAAGGUUUUUCGACAGAUAUGGCGAGAAAGUAUCAGAGCUAUCUCGCUGAUCUGCUCAAACCAGACAACAACAAACAAUUUGCCGACAAAAUUUCUCAGUAUAUCGAUUCAAAUCCUCAAGAUGAAAACUAUAUUGUCUUUUCUUUUCUUCCAGCAGCAUUUUCAUGCUUAUGGAGCUACGAAGAAGCAAUGAAUUUUAUUAACUUCUUGCUCUUAGUAGAUUCUAAGCACCAACCAUCAAUUACUCGGUUAUUAUUAGUUCAUCAAAUGUUUUUCGUAUUUCUCAGCUCCAUUCAAGCAGAUGCCGCCAAAGUAUUAGCCGAACAAGGUAACCUACAAGCAAUUCUUGACUUAUUUAAGUCUAGAUCCUUCUUUUUCCCGGCAAUUUUACGUGAACUCAUUUCUAAAACAGAAAACCCAACACAAUUCUUCAUAGAUUGCAUUCUCAUGCAUCUUCUAACAAAACCGUCAAUCCAUGGCUUACUUCCUUCAAACGAAACUCGUACUUUCGAAUAUUUAAUUCCAUCCAUCGAAGAAAACAAAUCAAACAUCGAAGAACUUGUUGAAUUCUUAAAGAACACAUCGAAUACGAUCUUACAUCUUCCUCACGAGCAAGAUCUCGAGAAUAUUUUAUCUCAUAACAAUGUUGUUGCUUAUUUCUUCAAGAGCGACAUCAAAGUCUUCACAUCCAUCGCAGGCUGUGAUAUUCCACCUCCAGAAAGCGAAGGAGUCUAUCAAAUUCCAAUAACUCGUUCAAUUUCUCAAAACCAAACGACAACUACAGAAAACGAAUCGGUUGCCGAUCCGUUUGAAUCAUUGAUCAGGUCACUGAUCAUUCAACUCGAUGUUUCCCGCAUUGAAUCUGAUAUAAUCGGAACAUUUGAGUUUGCCAUUGCUCUGCAUGCCGGAUCCUCACGUCUCCAAUACGAACUUAAGCUUGACGCAUUCAAAAACCUCAAGCAGCAGUACAACGCCCCAGAUGAUGUGAAAUAUUAUCUUGAUUUGCUCAAAAAGGCCUAUGAUCUCCGCAUGACACACCGCAAAGACACAUUAAGCACGAGUGCAUCCAACGAUGUCUUCAAAGUCAUGCAACUCCACUGUUCCCAGGCGAUUUCCUUUUUGUUGCAAACGAGACAAAUGGCAUUCUUCAAUUUGUGGGACCAAGCGACCAAACCGUUCAAAGAAGCCGCAGCCAAUGUUGCCCAAUUGUGUCUUGAACCUAAGAAAUUCUCUCAAACUUAUAUUUCCAUCGUUAAAUCAUUCAGUGAAUUUGCAGAAUCGAAGAAAUUCGCUGUACAAAGAGAGAUUUUCCUUCCAAUUAUAUACAACAAGCUCACGAAGAUUGUUACAUUGAGUGAGUUCAUGAAACAUCAUCCUGAUAUAGUUGAAAAAGACGCAAAAGUCCACAAAAUGAUUGAAGAACACUUGGAAGAAUUGCACGCGUCAAACAACUUGAAUUUCCUCACCAUUUUCAAGGAAGAUCCGUCGUUGAUGGGACUUCCUGCCAGCCAUUUGAGGAGGGCCUUCGCUGAGGACUCAGCUCUCCCGAUUUCGGAGUGGAUCGACAGGUCACUGAGUGCGAUCAUCAACGUCCUUUCGUACCAGGGACUGAAAGAGAUCGGCGCCGACCACUGGCUUCCGAUGACACUGAUUCUGUUCAUGCACGUGAACCCGGAGAAAGUCUGCUCUGUAGCCGCGUACAUGCACCACGUCCUCCUCUCUCUGCCGAAGGAUAACUCUGUCAUUCAGUCCGUUGAAUACAACGUCACAAUGACUCACUCCGCCGCAUCCUACUUCGAGAGGGAACUUGUUAAGUAUGAUAAAUAA